AUGUCGGUAAGGCAAAGCAGAGAAGAGCUGAUCAAGAGAGGCGUGCUGAAGGAGAUCUUUGAGAAAGGUGAGAUGUUUCCUCAUUCACUUCAUCCUGUGCCCCUAAAAAAAAAAGGACAUGUCAAUGUUUGGUUUUGGUCAUCUCUCAUCGUUUUGUUGAGCCUACAGUGAAUGAGAUGUGUGACUAUUGUGUGUUCUGCUCCAUCACUUUCAGAAAGUCAUUCAUUCAUGAUCCAUUCAUUUUGAGCAGAUCUAUCUUAUCCUGUCAAAAGGGUUCAUACUCAAAAUAUAGGAAAUCUAGCAGAUUGAGACUUCUUAUGUGUAUAUAUUUUGUGUGUGAGAUAUAUAUUUUUUAUCUAAACAUGUUUGGAUCUGACAGAGGUUAUCCCCCGGUCAGUCAGGAUAUCUCCUUCUGAUGAAGGAGAAAGUCCAUCAGGGUUUAAGAGAUGCUGUGUUUAGUUGAGCUGAUGGGUGAUGUAAUCAUUCUGCCUCCCUCUCUGUGGACAACUGGUCUGAACAUAAACCAGUUUCCUAAACCAUUACUAUACUACUGGUACAUACUAGUAUGCUACAGUCAAUAUCACAUUUUAUUUGUGCCGAAUACAACAGGUGUAGACUUUACUGUGAAAUGCUUACUUACGAGCCCUUUCCCAACAAUGCAGAGUUAAAAAGUAAGAAUUAGCAAACGAGGCUAUAUACAAGGAGUACCGAGUCAAUGUGCUGGGGGUACGAGGUAGUUGAGGUGAUUGAGGUAAUCUGUAGGAAGGGGUAAAAGUGACUAGGCAAUCAGGUUGGAUAGUAUACAGUUUUGUGUGGGGUGUGUGUAGGGCUGUGGAGGUCAUGAAAUUUCGUCAGCCGGUGACUGUCAAGCAAAUAACUGUCGGUCUCACGGUAAUUGCCCGUUAAUUAACAAACACAUUUAGCAUCUCCUGGCUUCCACACAGCCUACAAGCCACUGAUGCAGACCUUUUGGAACAUCUACAUUUUAAAAAGUCUAAUAAAUCCAUGUAAUAUAGCCUACACCUUCACAAUAAAUCUAUUAUUUAUUUAUUUAUUUAUUUAUUUAUUUUAGUCUAAAGAAGCAUGAUAUGAAGAAAAUGUAGUCUAUUUCAGAAGACCAGAAUAGCAUACUCUGAGUUGUCCUUAUGUUAGGUCCUGAUCUGGCUAUGCCAAAUGGAUGUGGGCUACACUAGUUCAUUUAGCAGACAAGAUUUGCUUAGAAUUCCGUGGCAUUAUUUUAUAGUAUGAAGAAUACAAUUGAACAAAGCUGAAUAAAAUGGAAAGGAUAUUUUCUCCAAAUGAUUUGAGGGAGUGCACACAUGCGGCUAUUCUGUGUUGAGCUGUUAACAAAGAAAUAGGUAUUUCUAUAUGCUUGAUUUUCAAGAUAUGAAUGUAACUUUAGUUGUUCUACAGACGUUGGGCUAUAUGUUUUGAUUUUUAAUACAUUGUAACGCUGCAUGAUGCGACUUGAAUGAUGAUUUGAAAAAAGUCGCUUCAUAGGCAUGAGCUCUGCUUAGUUUUUUGCACAGGCUGUACACACAUCAUUCACAAUUUGACAAGCAUUUGAUAAUGCCUAGAAUUUCACGGUGGCAUCCCCUUUGUGUGGCUGUAAUGCACCCUAAAAAAAUCCAUGCCUUUUGUGGCGAGUGGCCGUUGUGAGCUUCUCCCUGAGUGCUGCGCACUCCAUCACGUGAUUGGGUCUUUCUCACAGGCUACAAGUGAAGACCGACCCAUCGGGGACUCAAAUGCGCUUGUCCUUAUCCAAUUUCUGAGGUGCAUAUUCAGUGGCGAUAUUAGCUUGUAAAUCUUGGUGGGGCAAAAAAGUGGGAUGCAUGCCAGCAAAGCCACUAAAAAAUACAUUAAUUGCACUAUAACGGUGACAAAUGGUGCCCACAAACUGUUAGGGCCUACAUAAAGCUGUCCCAACAUCUUACCACUGCUACACCUGGCUAUCAGCGGAGCCUUGUCUGGCAGCGAAACAGUUCAUUCAGCAUCAUUUACUUCCUUAAAAAAAUAACAUAGCUGAUUUGGCUGACUUGCUUAAACAAAUGUGGUUUCUAAUAACAUUUGAGAUGUACAAACUAUGACCUAAGGGGACGACAAGCAGAUAAGAGGCAAUCUAACUUUGUUUAGCACUUUUGAAAUGUACAGCGACAGAAUUCAGAACAUGGGCCGUUCUUAGUGUUCUCCCUGUACAUCAAGUCAGAUCCGUAGGAUAAAUAAAGGGGGCAUAUAAGCAGACAACUCUUUACAAAAUGUGAUUAUUACAUUUCUCUAAAACAGGUUAUAGGCUACAUGUGCACCACCAAGUCAGAACAAUAGGCAAAAUUAAGAGGGGUAAAUAGACCAAAUUAUUAGGGUGAGGCACAUGGGCUAGUAUUACUUUCUUAGCUACAUUAUACAUAUCUCCAUGGCAUAUUACAACAGUUAUGCAGCAACAUACAAUACAUUUUUGGACUCACCUUGUUGUGCUGUGCUCACUUGAAUAGGAAGGUGGCGCGGCGGGCAAAUUGUGUCAUCAAAGUCUGGCAUUCUCUGGAUUUAUGGUGCUUUCAAGAUAACUGAGAUCUCUGGAAAAAAACAAGGUUGAAUCAUGAUGAUGUCAUUGAUCUUCAGGUCGUAGCUCUAGAAAGAGGCCCGAGUUCCUGACUUAAAAUUCAGAGUUGGAUGACCGUUCAAAACGUAUUUCCCAGUCGGAGCUCGUUUUUUCCUGACUUCACAGUUGUCUUGAACUCACUGAAGUCAAGUUUUCGCAGUUCAGAGUUAACAGUGGUUUUGAGCGCGGCACAAAUCAUGCUUCAUUGACAGCAUGGCCAAUGUUGAAUGUUUGAAUAAUUUUAAGCUUGGAAAAGAGACCCUUAAUCCCAGACUUGGGACCACACAGCCACUCCACUGAAUAGCAGGCUAGUGAUUGCUUUGCAAUGCUUGCAGUUAGCCACUGAUUCCUUCCAAACCACUCAUUGUUGAAUUUGCGAUUUCCAACUUGUUGUAAUGUUUAUGGCCGAUGCGCACCGAUAUGUUUUAUCUAUAAUUUAUCUUCAUUAUUUCUCUUCAUAUGACAAGGAUUAAAAAGGAUUUGCCAGUAGAUUGUCGACUUGAUUCAUGAUGAUGACUGCUAGCUAAGAUUUUGAAAGUAUGAUGUUGACAUGAUCAGUCCAAUCAAAGCUACUGUAGAUAUAACGUGAUUUGACAUCAUUUUAUCUGUGGCCAAUGACCUUGAGCCUUCUUGGAUGGGCACUUCUAAUGUAACUCUAUGGCAGCACCCAAGGGGCUUGACUUUUUUAGGUCUACCCUUAGACUUGGUGGUGACGUACUGUCCCCACGAGUGACAGAACACUGAGCUAAUUAUGGCGCAACUAUAGAACAGUACCAACACCUAUGCUCCGUAUUUUCAGAUGGCUGCCCCACCACCACAGAAAGCACUGAGCUAGGCUGAAACACCUGCAUUUUGGAGCUGCCUUGCUCAAGAAAGCAAAAAAGAUACCAUGUUUGUAUGCGGCUUUAUUAACUCAAUGAUUUAAAAAAUAUAUACAGUGGGGAGAACAAGUAUUUGAUACACUGCAGGUUUUCCUACUUACAAAGCAUGUAGAGGUCUGUAAUUUUUAUCAUAGGUACACUUCAACUGUGAGAGACGGAAUCUAAAACAAAAAUCCAGAAAAUCACAUUGUAUGAUUUUUAAGUAAUAAUUUGCAUUUUAUUGCAUGACAUAAGUAUUUGAUACAUCAGAAAAGCAGAACUUAAUAUUUGGUACAGAAACCUUUGUUUGCAAUUACAGAGAUAAUAUGUUUCCUGUAGGUCUUGACCAGGUUUGCACACACUGCAGCAGGGAUUUUGGCCCACUCCUCCAUACAGACCUUCUCCAGAUCCUUCAGGUUUCGGGGCUGUCACUGGGCAAUACGGACUUUCAGCUCCCUCCAAAGAUUUUCUAUUGGGUUCAGGUCUGGAGACUGGCUAGGCCACUCCAGGACCUUGAGAUGUUUCUUACGGAGCCACUCCUUAGUUGCCCUGGCUGUGUGUUUUGGGUCGUUGUCAUGCUGGAAGACCCAGCCACGACCCAUCUUCAAUGCUCUUACUGAGGGAAUGAGGUUGUUGGCCAAGAUCUCGUGAUACAUGGCCCCAUCCAUCCUCCCCUCAAUACGGUGCAGUCGUCCUGUCCCCUUUGCAGAAAAGCAUCCCCAAAGAAUGAUGUUUCCACCUCCAUGCUUCACGGUUGGGAUGGUGUUCUUGGGGUUGUACUCAUCCUUCUUCUUCCUCCAAACACGGCGAGUGGAGUUUAGACCAAAAAGCUCUAUUUUUGUCUCAUCAGACCACAUGACCUUCUCCCAUUCCUCCUCUGGAUUAUCCAGAUGGUCAUUGGCAAACUUCAGACGGGCCUGGACAUGUGCUGGCGUGAGCAGGGGGACCUUGCGUGCGCUGCAGGAUUUUAAUCCAUGACGGCGUAGUGUGUUACUAAUGGUUUUCUUUGAGACUGUGGUCCCAGCUCUCUUCAGGUCAUUGACCAGGUCCUGCUGUGUAGUUCUGGGCUGAUCCUUCACCUUCCUCAUGAUCAUUGAUGCCCCACGAGUUGAGAUCUUGCAUGGAGCCCCAGACCAACCGAGGGUGAUUGACCGUCAUCUUGAACUUCUUCAAUUUUCUAAUAAUUGCGCCAACAGUUGUUGCCUUCUCACCAAGCUGCUUGCCUAUUGUCCUGUAGCCCAUCCCAGCCUUGUGCAGGUCUGCAAUUUUAUCCCUGAUGUCCUUGCACAGCUCUCUGGUCUUGGCCAUUGUGGAGAGGUUGGAGUCUGUUUGAUUGAGUGUGUGGACAGGUGUCUUUUAUACAGGUAACGAGUUCAAACAGGUGCAGUUAAUACAGGUAAUGAGUGGAGAACAGGAGGGCUACUUAAAGAAAAACUAACAGGUCUGUGCGAGCCGGAAUUCUUACUAGUUGGUAGGUGAUCAAAUACUUAUGUCAUGCAAUAAAAUGCUAAUUAAUUACUUUAAAAUCAUACAAUGUGAUUUUCUGGAUUUCAUGCUUUGUAAGUAGGAAAACCUGCAAAAUUGGCAGUGUAUCAAAUACUUGUUCUCCCCACUGUAUAUUGUUUGCAAACUGGUAUGUGACAUGUAUUAAUGCCAAAAUAACAUGCAAAACGGGUAAGCCCCAAAAAAUCAAAAACAAAAUGUGGGGCUCACUGUGCAUAUUGAAGAAAUUGGAAGAACUGUCCACAUUUUACCUUUCGUCAGCCAACAAUAUGAGUAGGCCUAACGAACAGCAAAAGCACUAGCGUAUGUCAAUCUACUAUCCCCCAUAGUACAAAGGUUGACCUAUUCUGUGCGAGGAAAUAAAUAUUCCAAACAUAUUCUGGGACAGUUGUGGGAUGCGAUAGAUCCUAAAUUAAUACAACCACUAGCAUCCAAAAAUAUUUUUUAAGCAAUGUGGCUGACGCAACCGAUGAGAAAGUUUAUCAAAAUGUAAAGCUAAAACUAUCAGACUUUCUUCACAUUAUAAGCACAGCAAUGCGCACAUGGUAGUAGGCUAUAAGCACAAAUGUUCCAUUAGCGGAAAACACCAUUAUCAAAAGUGACUGCAAAUGCAAUUAUGCAUGUAAUGCUUUUAUUAUAAAGGUGCAUUGUUAUGGAGAAAAAUGUUCUCAUGAAGUGUUUGAUUAGAUUUUCGAAUACAUUUUAAUUGAUGUCAGAGUGAUUAGAGGGACAAUAGAGUGCUGAGUACCAGGCACUUAGCAAGUUUGGUAGGCUACUAAUGAGCAUCAGAUCUUGGAGAAGCCUAAUUACCGUGACUAAACGGUCACGUGGAAUUUGACUGCCUUCAUGACUCGUGAACACCGGUGUGGCUGUAAUACAGUCACCACAACAGCCGUGUGUGUGUGUGUGUGUGUGUGUGUGUUGGAGUGUCAGUGUAGUGUGUGGGUAGAGUCCAGUGAGUGUGCAUAGUCACUGCAAGAGUCAGUGCAAAAAAAUACAAAAGGGGAUAGCCAUUUGAUUAACAAUACAUCUGCUUUCACUGGACUAGCUUGUUUAUAUAGUUCUCCAUCUUACCAAACCAGUCUCAUCCUGGAUAAGUUUGUUUAUAUCACCAUUUAACUCUUUCGGGAAACUCCACUUUCUCUUUUUGUUAUGCUGAGAAUGAUUUGUUCUGAUUGUGGGGAAGAGUUGUAAGUAGUUUAUAUACUCAUCGCUGAAGAACCUGAAAUUAAGUAUGACUUGAGUUAUUGAACAGAGUAGUGUGUCAUUGAGGGUGAAUGGGCCCGACAAAAUAUUAAAGUGCCUUUGAAUAGGGUAUGGUAGUAGGUGCCAGGCGCUCCAGUUUGUGUCAAGAACUGCAACGCUGCUGGGUUUUUCACACUCAACAGUUUCCUGUGUGUAUCAAGAAUGGUCCACCACCCAAAGGACAUCCAGCCAACUUGACACAACUGUGGGAAGCAUUGGAGUCAACAUGGGCCAGCAUCCCUGUGGAACAUUUUCAACACCUUGUAGAGUCCAUGCCCUGACAAAUUGAGCUUGUUCUGAGGGCAAAGGAUAGGUGCAACUCCAAUAUAAGGAAGGUGUUCCUAAUGUUUAGUAUACUCUGUGUGUGUCACUACCAUAUCAUUCAUGUUCACUUGAAUGAUGCAGCACAUAAUUUGUUGUCUUCACCUUCAUAGACAGUUUCAUUUCCAGUUGUCUGUACAUGUUUAUAUUUGGUGUUUGUCUUUCUCCAGCAACCGUGGAGUUCCGAUCCUCGAUGGAGGGCGGAGGCUGCACUCGGGAGCCCUCUAAUAUGAAGUCGUCCAUGGUCCUGCCUUCCAAGAAAUCUGUUGGUUUCCCCGGUGAUGUUCAGGACAACGCUGCCAAGACACCAAUGUACCACAAACAGCCCCCUGCGCUCCCACCCAAACCUUUCAACAGGAUCCCCAACCACAGCAUCCCCAACUACAGCACAGGUAAGCACACACACACACCAGCAACUACAGCGACCCUGCCACUGAUGCCCCUUGUUAGACUAAAACAAAGGCACUGUUAAUGUGUCAAACCCUCAACAAGAUUUGCUGAUCUCCUUUAACAAAGGGAAAGUGGAUUGGACGACAUCAGUCAGGCUCUUCCUGUAGUUGUCUCCCCUGAGGGUGAGGGUGAGGAAGGACAAACAUGGGUGUACGACAUUGGGACAAGAAUUUUAUAUACAAUGUAAUCAUGUUUGGCACUGAAACGAUUUACUGAACUGGAAAAUGGCUUACAGUACAAAGCUCUGAGACAGAGACACAGUGAAAGUUUUAGACAGUUAUGUAGUUGAAUAAUCGUAAACCUAUUGUCAGUAGACGCGUGCACGCACACACAUUGUGUCUGUGCAGAUGGAGAGAUUAGCGUCAUUAAAUCCCAGUGUAGCCAGGUCAGCUGUUGUCUGUGUCUGCCUGUCUGUCUCUGCUGGAGGUGGCAAUGGCCUAAUCUAAUUCUCCCUGCUCAAUCAAAUCUGGACAUUCUACUGUACACUGUCAUGUUUAUCUACUCUAUCCGACUGUCGCCCGUCUUUUACAAUAUGGCUUGGUGAUUGUGCUUAGAGCCCUGGGUUUUCCCUGGGCCAAGACAUUUUCCUGGUCAGGACACACUAAUCUGCAGUCCUACUUAUACUUACCAGUUAAGACAUCGUGGAAGAAUGGACAUGUCAAAGCAUAUUUAGUUCAGUCAAAGCACUCUGCUACUGCUAUUCAGAAAAAAGUUACAUUUAUGUUUACCUGUUUCUGUUUCUUUCUCUACCCAUCUGUCUCUCUGUCCAGACUCUUGCCAGCAGAUGAAGCUGGCUUGUAUGCAAGGCCAGGGAGGCAAGCUAUCUCCUCCUCUACCUCCCAAGAAGGGGAUGAUCUGUGUGCCUCAAGGGGUAAAGGACAACUCCUGCUCCUCACCCUCACCCUCCCCCCUCAGCACCUUCUCCCAGCAGAAGUGCCCCCCUCCCCAGGGCCACCUCCAAGGCCACCCUCCCCACCAUGGCCCUCUGCUGCCCUCGCAUCUCACAGCCCUAGCCAACCUCCACCAGGGGCUCCAGGGGGGCGGGAACCACCAUAACCACGGACACGGACACGCACACAACCACGGCCAUCAGCUCCAGCUGCAGUACGGCUCCAUGCAAGGCCACGCCCCCAGCCGCAUCAUCGAGGAGCUCAACAAGACGCUGGCCUUCAACCUACAGAGGCUGGAGAAGUGAGUUGUUGUAUACACAGUAUUAAAUAAAACCAUUAUGGAUCUCUAUGGUUGAAUAGUCUUUGUCCAGGAAGUUGCAGGUAGACAUUAAGAGUUUAGAUGGCGGGUCCUCCCGAGUGGUUCAGUGGUCUAAGGCACUGCAUUGCAGUGCUAGAGGCGUCACUACAGACCCGGGUUCGAUCCCGGGCUGUAUCACUACCGGCCGUGAUCGGGAGUCCCAUAGGGCUGCACACAAUUGGCCCAGCGUCGUCUGGGUUAUGGGAGGGUUUGGCCGGGGGGGGGGGGGUGGCUUUACGACUCCUUGUGGCGGGCCGGGCGUGCCUCGGUCGUCAGUUUCCUCCGGCACAUUGGUGCGGCUGGCUGGUGUUAAGAAGCGCGGUUUGGCGGGUCAUGUUACACAGGACGCAUGACUCGAACUUCGCCUCCCAAGCCCGUUGGGGAGUUGCAGCGAUGAGAGAAAUUGGGGAGAAAAGGGGGGUAAUUAAAAAAAAAAGAAAAUACAGUUUAGAUGGCAAAACUUUAUGAUGGGAGUGAAGUGUAACAUCUGUUCUGUAUCAUAUAUUUCUAUCUCCAACACUCACCCUAGGUAAAUAGUCAAAAUUGAAGACUUGUAUGCAUUGAAGCCGCACUAUCUGUUCUGUAUAGCAGGUCCAGCUGGUUUGUAGGUCAGGUCACCCCUUGCCUGGUGAUAUUGGGGUCAGGCUGCCACCAUGUGGCUUUGAUGUAGAGGUCUGACCCAGCUCGCCUUGUUCCACUGGUACAGGGUGGCCCACUUUGACAGCAGACUGUGUGUAUGUGGCACCAUGGCACACAGGCCUCCUCCAGAGGCAAGCCUGGCUCAACUGAUGCCACAGCCUGUCCUGUCCUCUACCCUGUAUUGGUGAAUUGGACAUGUCAUUUCUCUGUAGUUUAUGUAACACUUGGUUGCAGAUUCAUUCUGGUUGCGUUUUUUUGUCCCAAUUUUGAGAUAAAAAAACACAACCAGAAUGAAUCUAUCAGCUGUUCUCCAUUUCCCUUAUCUUUCAACUGAAUUGAGUUGGUACAGCCAGUAUUAUCAUAUCAUUUGUAUAGACCGGGAUCUCUUAUUUCUGCAACCAAAUGUCAGACCUCUUAUUCAUUCAGGUAGAUUAUACAUUUACAUUUUAGUCGUUUAGCAGACGCUCUUAUCCAGAGCGACUUAGUUUUUUUUCUUUUCAUACUGGCCCCCCGUGGGAAUCGAACCCACAACCCUGGCGUUGCAAACGCCAUGCUCUACCAACUGAGCUACAUCCCUGCCGGCCAUUCCCUCCCCUACCCUGGACGACGCUGGGCCAAUUGUGCGCCGCCCCAUGGGUCUCCCGGUCGCGGCCAGCUACGACAGAGCCUGGAUUCGAACCAGGAUCUCUAGUGGCACAGCUAACACUGCGAUACAGUGCCUUAGACCACUGCGCCACUAUGUAUGCAUGAGUAUGAUACCGCCUCACAGCAGCGGGUCCUCUUAUGCACGCACACAGCAGGGACUUGUGGUUAGUCACAGCGUGAUAGUCAAACAUGACUCCCGAGUGGCGCAGUGGUCUAAGGCACUGCAUAGCAGUGCUAGCUGUGCCACUAGAGAUCCUGGUUCGAGUCCAGGCUCUGUCGCAGCCAGCCGCGACCGGGAGACCCAUGGGCGGCGCACAAUUGGUCCAGCGUCAUCCAAGGUAGGGGAGGGUUUGGCCGGCAGGGAUGUGGGUUUUUUUCCCACGGGGGGCCAGUAUGAAAAAAAUGAAAUAAAUAAAUACAUUUUAAAAAAUUACAAAAAUGUAUGCAUUCACUAACUGUAAUGACUAAAAUGUAAAUAGCUGUGUGGUAUGUAUAUUAAACCCCCCUAUCUACAUCUGACUGCAAUAUGGAACCAGCCCCUCAUCAACCCAGUUGAUUGACCACUUUGUUUCAUUGAACCUGAAUGGUCUGUGAUGUGAAGGAUAUGGACAACUAUCUCAUGCUGUGAUCACCAACCGCGAUCUUCAAGGCAUUCCUAGUCUAUCACCAAACAUUUCUGUAGAAAAGCCAACGAUAAAGCCUUGCGUAUUUUUUUGUACUGUUUGCGGCAGGUGCACUUCAUUCAGAAGCUCAGCGUGCCGGGUAGGCAAAGUGUUCCAAUUUUGAACCAAAACAUUUGUCUGAAGGGACUCUGCCUACCUGGCGGACCAGGAGAGCUAAAUCAAGUGCGCCUACUGUGCUGGCCAAUCGGAUAGCUCAAAUCACUGUGCCUACAGCUUCCACAACCCCACAGCAAAGUUUGCCUAUGUGAGAUUUCAUAACUUUUAAAACUAUGACCAGAGAGAGGCUGUCAAACAAUACAGCAAAGAGCUGCUGUUUUUGAGUGAGUUCAUGUUAAACACUUUUACAAAACAUAAAAUGCGCUUCUCCCUACUUCCACUCGCGCUACAACCAGCACUGCAUCUGCAAUGAAUGAGUAGUCAAUAAACCUGCGAUAGACCUACAUUUGUAUUAUUAUUAUUAUUAUUAUUACUAUUAUUAGCUCAUCAUGUCUAUUUUAACAUUGAGGAAUAUUUCACUUUCUCUGAUCAUAGGAACAACAUGAAUUUGCGCAUGAGGCAGAAAUAAUGUGGUGUGACUUGAGUUUCACCAUCAGGUGGAAGACCGUGUCCCCUCUCUCUGGUCAGUCUCACCGGAGGAAAUAAGAGUGCAGGGACCCUCUGCUGCUCUCUCCCUCAGCUGAGACUGACCAUCAGAUGCUGGUACCAUCAGUUCAGUAAAAUAAAAAAACUUUUAUUUCAAUUUAUGCUCAGCUGUGCCUCACAAGUGAUACUACAACGUAUCUAUUUUCUUAUCAAAGCUUGAGUUUUGAUAUAUAAUAGUGUGAUCUGAGAAGAACAAUAUUGGCAGGCUAAGCAUAGCCAAUAUGCUGUGAUAAUGUAUUAGGCCUACUGCACAAAUCUCAUUCCUACAUAACUUUUUUUAUUAGGCAAUGUUGCAUAGGCUUACAUUUUUUUGGGUCAUGUUUUGAAACAAUUCUGAGCGCUAGAUCUCGAUUUGCUUUUUGACUCCGAAAGUGAUUUUGACGCCGAUCAGUGGUCACCAACCUUUUCUAAUGGUAUGUAGGCUAAUGUGGCGGUCAUAGACUGAACUCCCUGCUAGGAACCUAUGGCUCGGAUAACCAGAUAUGUGUGUCUGUCUCACUAACUCAAUGGCUGCAAGUCAAGGUGGACAAUUUGGUGCUAAUGACCAUGAUACAGGAAUGGCACAGCCUCGACCUCGCACAUCGAGUGCGUCAAGGCAAUUCCAGCCAGACUGCCAUUUUCUAAGAUGACUACACAGAAGAUGGGGAAUGAGUCAACCACUUGUAGAGACAUGGUCAUAGUGGCUCUCUACAGCACAUUGUUGCAUUUCUAUAGCAAUCAUUAGAUUCACACUGGGAAAGUGAAAAGUGGUAGAUAGGAGAGAUUACUAUGAAGAUUCUAUCCUAUCCAUCAUUACCACUAACACUUACCCCCUGGCCUCUCUUCUCCCUGCAGCAAUGCAAUGCGUUCUGGUCAGUGUAGUCUGCUGGACAGAAGCCAGGUGCCCUCUGAGGUCAUCGACGAGGACGACAAAGAGAACAUGCCCAACGAGUCCGACUAUGAGGACCUGCCCAGCAUGUACAAAAACGAGGAUGAUGAAGAUGAUGAUGACUCUCUCUUUACAAGUAAGAUCACCAUGGUGGACACACACACACACACACGGUAGGAUAAUGUUGUGUUUUAACUGUCUGUGUGUAGGUUCCCUGGCUCUGGUCAUUUAUUUUAUUAAUGCUUGGUGUCUGUGUCUAGGUACCCUAGGUCUGAAAGUGUUGAGGAAGGAUUCUCUGGCCGUCAAGCUGAGUAACCGUCCAUCUAAGAGCGAGCUGGAGGAGAAGAACAUCCUGCCUGUGCAGACUGACGAGGAGAGGCUGGAGUCCAGGCAGCAGAUAGGCACCAAGCUCACACGGUGAGAGAGAGGGCACGCGCCACAUACACCCUGCCCAUGCAGAACUCUUAUAACAAAGGAGGAUUGCAAGGUGGACCAGGAUCUUUUCAGUAGAGCAAUUAUUAGAGUCACAGAUGGAUAGUGACUAGAACAGACUCCAUUGUAUUUUCAUAAAUAGAGCGACGUGUCCAUUUUAUGUUAAAUAUCUUCAACAUCCUUAAUGUAGCACUAGACCAAGCAUGCCUCUUCUGCAAUGCCAACAGCUCUCUGAUGUGUUUUGAAAGGCGUGUCCAUUUCUCCUCUAUAACAGAGCUUUCAGGAAACUGUUGUCAACAGCCAAAUCUUGCACUGUGGCCCACUUUGGGAAAAUGGUCUGAUAUCCCCGCUAACAUAACUAGCUAUGACUAAUCUCACUCCCAUCUGGCUUUUUGAAAGCGCAAUGGAAGCCUCCUUUUUAUCAAAACACUUUUCCAUCAGUUUAGUUGUAUUAUUUUCUUUCCAUCCGUUUAAAGAUGAACCCUCCACCUCGUUAAGAGGGGCGCUGAGAACUGAGCUGACCUAAUUUCAGCAAUGCAUCAUCUCUCUACGUUCUCUCCCUCCCUCUUUUCUUCCCACUGCCUGCCGUCCUCCCUCGCUCACUGAAUCACCACAGUGAUAUAUGCCAAGGAUUACCACACCACUCCUCCACACUCUCGCUAUACUGACGGAUCUCUCUCAUUCACUCACUCACUCACUCACUCACUCACUCACUCACUCACUCACUCACUCACUCACUAGCCCAUACCAACAGCUCUCACACAUGCAGCACCACCACACACAUUGAGGUAAGGGAACAGACACCUUUAGAAGCCCAUAUGAAGUGAUCACACACUCCUACAAACACAGCAGUAACACUUUUAAUGGUUUCAGAUUCCAUUUCAAUAUGGCAAUAUACAGAUGGGUUCUUUUUAAUCCAAGGAGAACAUGACCUAGUCAUGCUUCUUUAUCAAUUAAUCUAUGGUUUGAAGGAAUCUACCAUCACUGAACAGGAUGCUGUUUGGACAGAACAGACCUGGCCAGUAGGGAGACAAUGAGAUGGUAGUGAAGGAAGCGGUGGACGGAGGGAGUAGAAGAGGGAAGAUAACGGAUGUGUGGAGAAGAGACUGGGUGUUAAAGAGAAAAAGAGGGCGUACUCUGCAACUAUUCCAUGCUGUGAUUGGCACAUGGUGUGUUGUUCCCAGAAGGCAUUAUGUUGUUCCCAAAACGCUCCAUGUCUCACUGUCCUUUACGCAGUGCCAUUGUAUGCGUCUCAAAUGGCACCCUAGUCCCUAUAUUUUGCACUACUUUUGACCAGGGCCCAUAGGGCUCUGGUCAUAAGCAGUGCACUAUAUAAGGAAUAGGGUGCCAUUUGGGACACACUAGCAGCGUCAUGACUCCCAAUUUCAUGCUAUUUGCCAUGUGCAUUGUGCUCCUCUGUUGCAGCUCUCUGGCACGCCAAUACAAAUGGAUGGUUGUAAUCCUGAAGGAGGUCAUUAUGACAACCAUCUCUUCUCCUUAUUCUGAUGAAGACUUAAUAGACUGUAUAAUAGAUCUUCAUAUUGGUCAUUUCAUCAAACGUAUUGUGUAAUUCCUUAUGUAAUGUCAUUAUGAAUAUGGCAAUGGCCUCUUGUAUAACAACGAUGCUUUAUGAUGGUUUGGGAUGAGCGCAGAGGUCCGUCAGACUGUCUGAGGUUGGGUUGAGGUCAGCGCCAGCGUGUGUCUGUGUAGAUCUGCAGAACGCUGAGCUGACGUUGCGAGCAGAAUGCUGAGAAGCGGAGACGUCUAGCAGACUCACUGUCUUGUUUCUCCGGGACGCGUGCAGCCGAGCGAGACACUGAGAUGAGACAACACAAGACGAACCAAUCAGUCUCUCUGUAACUUGAGUAACUCUGGGUCCUGGACAUUGUAGCAGCAGACACCCGUCAUGUAGGCUCAGGCAGAAACCUCUUGAGGUGCUCUAGCCAUCAUCCAUAAUGUCCCCACACAGUCCGAAUAGCUACUACUGUGUUCAGAGCUUAUUCCAAACAAACCAAAUUAAAAGCAUUUUCACCGACCUUGUUAGAAUGUCAUACUGUAUUCAGCCAGUCAUGUCAGGCACUUGAUGUCAAAGAGAUUUGAUACAAGAUUUCUCUCUCUCGACCUUGCACGCAUAAUAAAAGGGAAGAGGGUAAAGGCAUAAAUUAGGAAUGGAAUCUUUUCAAAGUGUUGACUCUUUUCAACUGCUUGCUUUCUACAUUUACAUUUUUACAUUUUAGUCAUUUAGCAGACGCUCUUAUCCAGAGCGACUUACAGUUAGUGAAUACAUAUUUUUUUUUUAUACUGGCCCCCCGUGGGAAUCGAACCCACAACCCUGGCGUUGCAAAUGCCAUGCUCUAUCAACUGAGCUACAUCCCUGCCGGCCAUUCCCUCCCCUACCCUGGACGACACUGGGCCAAUUGUGCGCCGCCCAUGAGUCUCCCGGUCGCGGCCGGCUGCGACAGAGCCUGGAUUCGAACCAGGAUCUCUAGUGGCACAGUUAGCACUGCGAUGCAGUGCCUUAGACCACUGCGCCACUCAGGAGUUUCUCAAACAGUUUCAUUCUCCCUCCCUAUUUUCUUUAUUUCUCCCUACAUCUCUCUGUCUCUCUCUCUCUGUCUGUCUCUGUCUGUCUCUCUUGCGUUUCCCUCUUGCUCCACUCCUCCGUGGUGCAGAAGUCGCUGGAUCAACUAGGAAAAGAGAUGUAAUCACAUGAAAAAUGUCAAUCUCAAUGUGACUUCCCUAGACAAAGUAACUAGGAGGGGGAGAAUAGAGAUGGGCAUGGUUGACUGAACUGUAUAGUGUGGUGCUGUAUGCUAUUGUUACAGCAUAUAAUUUUGUGUGAAUAACACCAUUUACGAAAUCUGGUUUAUCUGGUCUGGAAGUAAAUGUAAGAACUCAAUGAAGAAAAUUAGGGUGAUGUGCACAUCCUGACCUUGACAAUACUGGUGCUGGUAAAAAAAAAAAGAAGGUUUUACUGAGAUAAAGGCAUGAGCCCUGUACACAGAAUAUUGCGGCUCACUGCCUUGAAUCCAGUCAGUUUCUAUUCAUGUCUGUCAGAGAAUAGAUAUAGUGACUGAGAUGCCAUCCGUCCUGACCUGCCAACUCAGCCAUAGCUGUCACCCUGGUGCUGGCUGGCACUCAAGCUGUCACUCAACUGUCACUUAGAUAACACUGGCUGGAUGGAGUCCUGUAAAGGAGAAGUGACCGCAGGGGAGUGACUGAGUAGGAAGAGAAACUGAACUUUUUGUCAUGUGAUUUGUCCUGAGAUGACACGCACAGAACCGGAAAGUGAGCCGCUUAGUUUAAAGGGACUGAGAAAUAUCCAUGUUUGCAUGUGUUUCUGUAGACUCAAAGUAUCAAGUUGUAAAAAAAUAUAAAAAAAUAGUGUGGGUCUUUUUUUAUUUAUUUAAUUUUUUCGUGCUAGCGUUAGCUAGCACUAGCCGGCUGUACCUGUGCCAAAACUCUUGUAUUUUUCAUCCUAUAGCUUGUUCUCCAUCUUUUUAAAUAGUGAGCCAACAUCUUUUCAGCACUUAUUCCAUGACUGAUCAAAACUCGUUUCCUCAUGCGCUCUCGUCUCUCUGCAGCAGACAUAUAGUGAGCAAUAUGUUUGGAACAUCGAAUCGCAAUGAGAUCACAGUAUCAAAUCGCAAUACAUACAGAAUCUUGCGCAUCGCAAUACAUAUUGUAUCGGCACCUAAGUAUUGUAAAGCCUCUGGCAAUUCCCAGCCCUACUAUCAAUGUAGGUUGAGUUGCCCAUGUUUGGUCCUGUUGUCGUCGUCUAUGGAGAUUAGGCUAGUUGACAAAGUUUGCUUUUGUUGCUCAGGGGGUUUAUCAUGUUUUGGUUUUUGUACUAUCCAUCUGAAGUUGAGUUUGACUAUUUACUGUUCGGUUGACUUGACCGUGUGUUUGUGCAGGCAGUUGAGUCAGAGGCCCAGUGCUGAGGAACUGGAACAGAGGAAUAUCCUGAAACGUGAGUACUGUAUGUACCUCUACUUCCUGAACCUACCAUUAUAACACAUCAUCAUUAUAUAGACAGGACAGUAGCAAUUUACUGAUAAUAAUCACCUCACUAUUAAACCACUCUAAUGUUCUCCCUUUUACAACUAUUCCCAGUGACUUGACUUACCCUAAUGUACCAUAUUAGUCCACAUUUAAUAAGUAUUUUAUGCUAGCCGCCUCGAACCACAGUUGCCCUGGUUAUUUCAGAGGCCUACUUAUCCAAGAGCCAGUGGCAUACAUCUUGCCUUUCUUCUCUCUCCUUCAUUUGAGGACGGCAAGGCGGUGUGGUUCCCUCAGGAUGCUGGCUAGGGCCAGGGAGGCUGGUUUCUCAGCUCAAACACACUCCGUAUCAGAGAGACGCAGGCAGGCGCUAGCAGCUUGGGCUCCUCUGCUUUCAUCAUAGACCAGUUUACCACCAGUGCCUUGGUCUCCCAGAGGUUGCUCUGUGAUUGGCAGUGUGUGUAAGGAGAGGAAAAGCGGGGUGUAAGACUCCAGGAAUGGCAGUCUCCCCCACAACAUAGCCUAGGUUAAAUAAAUGGGGCAUGUCUUUAUUUACAUUUACAUUUUAGCAGACACUUUUAUUCAGAGGGACUUACAGGAGAAAUUAAGUUUAAGUGCCUUGCUCAAGGGCACAUUGACAGAUUUUUCACAUAGUUUGCUCUGGGAUUCAAACCAGCAAGCUUUCGGUUAAUGGCUCAACGCUCUUAACCACUAGGCUACCUGCAGCCCAUUUAUCAAAUGGAACAUUCUGUUUGGACUGGCACUCCAAACCAAGAGUACAGUGGUAUAGUUAUGCAUUUAACGCAGAACUCUGUGGUGCGUUUUGGAUUAGCAAGUAUAGAAUGUUUUCAGUCCUCUGCCUCCUUUUGAUUUUAACUCCUUCCCUCUAAAGCUAGAGGGUGCUUUCUGAUAAUUAGUUUGGAGAGCAUCCAUGGAAAAGGAUAAGAGUAAUCUCUAGUGAGAUGGAAGUAUUUCUCUUUUCUGAGCAAAACUGGAUAUGACUGGGUCUGAAUAUUCCCAUUUGUUCCCUAGAAGCAAGAAAUGUGUUUUAUUUUAAUGUAACUUAAACCAGCCAACCAACCCCAUGUUAAGGAAUGUUGAACUAGCCAUGUGGGAAUGGGGGAUAGAGAAACAGAAUUUCCCUUCCUCCGUUUCUGCAAUGCAAAUAGUCCUACAUUACAAACAGGCAACGAUGAUGAAGAUGAUGAAGAUGAUAAACCAUUGAAGGCUUUGAGAAAUUCAGCGAUGUAGAAUAUUAAGAAGUGUGUUUGUGUGCUGCAUUUUAAUUAUGUAAAUUAGGUGUUAUUCUCCUUCCAGUAGUGUUAAAACGUUUCCUAAGCAGCACAGCCCACUCAUCAUGUGUGCCCUGAAACACGGUCUAACCUCUGACCCCUUGUGUUUUCUCACAGCGCUCAACGAACAGGAGGAGUUGGAGGAGAAGAGGGAAAUAAAACGACGAUUAACGCGAAAGGUAAGGCAGGAGAGGGGCUUCCAAAAAGUAGGAGCUGUGGAACUUCCAAUUCCAUCCUGACUACAAAAAUAGCUUUAGAAAAAUGCUGCAUAACCCCCAUGGGCAAACAGUGUGCCAACUGCCAAGGCUCACAGUUGUUCUUUAAGGUGUUGGACAGGACAGACACAGCAAAACAAACAGCAAAACAAUGACUCACUCUGCGUGAGAGGAGAGCAAGGUGUGAAAUCAGUGGUAGUCACAGCACUACAUCUCCCAGAUCACCCCAGGGGACGGUAGUGUCCUCAGUGCCCUUGGCACUGGCAUUUGUGAGCAAACCAUAACGAUCCCCUCAUACAACUAGUCUUACAUUCUCUUAGUAAACAAUAAGCCCUUUAUCACGCCCAUAUGCAGUAAUGUAGUGUUGCUUGGGACUGUACUAUUUAUAAAAGUCAAACCAAAAUCACUAGUUUAUUUUUAAUGUUUAUUGUAUUGAUGUUGGUUUAUUUUCUGCCCAGGGACUAUAGAUGAAAAUGUGCUAUCUAGCUAAAUCUGGUGCAAUGGCAUGUAACAAAUAAACAAAUGAAUAAGUUGGAUCAAUAAUUUGCAGUGUAAUUGAAUGGCUUCAGAAACCAAGCUGUAUAGAUGUUUAGGUUGCCUCCAGUGGAUUAGCCUUCAGGCCUGAUAAGUCUCCUCCUGGGUAAAGGUUGAUAUAGUGGUCUUUGCUUUGUACAGUCUGUACUCACCCCAACAUGCUAAUCUAUCAUGUGGAGUACAGUAUAGCUGCUUCAUAUAGCAGUUGGAGGGACCUUCAGCAUACUAGCUUUCAGGCCUGAUAAACUUCCUGUGUAACGGUUGAUAAUGCUGUAUUUUCCAGUGUAAAGAUAAUGUUACGGCCUUUGCUCUGUCAAUACCAUACGUGGAUUAUUUAUAUGUCUAUGGUCCAUACUCAUCACAACACUAUGUUCCUCUCUCUUGUUCCAGCUGAGCCAGAGGCCUACGGUGGAGGAGCUGAGACAGGCUAAGAUCCUGAUCCGCUUCAGUGACUACGUAGAGGUGUCCGACGCCCCGGAACACGACCGACGGGCAGACAAACCCUGGACCCGCCUCACGGCAGCCGACAAGGCAAGUAGUGGUGGGGAUGGGUGGGUAAAAGGAGCUACAUGUAGCAUUUUAGUGAUCAUUUCUAUUUCCUUGUGGAAAUGCUACAUGUAUCACCUUUGAGCCAUAUUUAUUUAGUACUUUGUCAAGCGGUGUCAUUUAGCAUCAAAUUGCCUUUAUGAGGUUGUGUAUACUGGUAUGAGGUAUGGUAUUAGCUUCUUUGAAGUCGGUUUAUGCUGCAGAGAAAAUCCUAUUGUACAUAGACACAGCCCUGGGGAGUACAUGAGCGACUUGACCCUCACAAUGCGGAUCUACCCAUAAUCUAUUCCUUCAUAUCUAUUAUCAUUUAAGAUUUUCCCCUGCCCAAAUCAAAGGUCGAAAGCCUAUCGGUCUGUAGUGUUGUACUUCCCCUGUGCUGUUAUAGCAGUAACAACAACAACAUUGGCAGCCGUGGUAGCAGCCCCUCUCUGAAGACUGCCCUGGAUCAAUCGAUCUCCACCGUUCAGUUCAGAGCUCAGAAGCAUAAUGCGGGAGUUUAAUGCCAGGACAUUUCCUCUCCUCUCCUCACAGCACUUCCAGGCUGCUGUUUAGAUGUUUCCCCCCCCCUUUGUUUACCGCUCCGAGAGUAAACACCCCCGAGCGAUCCUCCCGGCCGUCGGAACGUGGUUCUGACUUUUAAUGAACUGUGUAUUUCUUAGAAGAGCGAGCCGCUCUCCAUUCUCUCCUUUCUGUCAUCCUUGUGAUGUUGGAGGCAGCGGUGGGAUCCGAGCAUACGGGGUCAACACCUGAGGACCGUUCAGGUGCAAAAACAUGGCAACUAGUUAACUCUGCCUUCUGUUACACAACGUUCCUCAUUACGUAAAAUAAUAAUGAGGGGACAGUCUGGGUAGCCAUUUGAUUAAAUGUUCAGGAGUCUUAUGGCUUGGGGGUAGAAGCUGAUUAGAAGCCUCUUCGACCUAGACUUGGUGCUCCAGUACCGCUUGCCGUGCGGUAGCAGAGAGAACAGUAUAUGACUAGGGUGGCUGGAGUCUUUGACAAUUUUUAGGGCCUUCCUCUGACACCUCCUGGUAUAGAGGUCCUGGAUGACAGGAAGCUUGGCCCCAGUGAUGUACUGGGCCGUACGCACUACCCUCUGUAGUGCCUUGCAGUCGGAGGCAGAGCAGUUGCCAUACCAGGCAGUGAUGCAACCAGUCAGGAUGCUCUCGAUGGUGCAGCUGUAGAACCUUUUGAGGAUCUGAGGACCCAUGCCAAAUCUUUUCAGUCUCCUUAGCGAAUAGGUUUUGUCGUGCCCUCUUCACGACCUUUCGUGGUGUGCUUUGACCAUGUUAGUUUGUUGGUGAUGUGGACACCAAGGAACAUGAAGCUCUCAACCUGCUCCACUACAGCCCCGUCGAUGAGAAUGGGGGCGUGCUCGGUCCUCUUAUUUUUCCUGUAGUGCACAAUCAUCUCCUUUUGUCUUGAUCACGUUGAGGGAGAAGUUGUUGUCCUGGCACCACACGGCCAGGUCUCUGACCUCCUCCCUAUAGGCUGUCUCGUCGUUGUCGGUGAUCAGGCCUAUCAAUGUUGUGUCAUCAGAAAACUUAAUGAUGGUGUUGGAGUCGUGCCUGGCCUUGCAGUCAUGAGUGAACAGGGAGUACAGGAGGGGACUGAGCACGCACCCCUGAGUGGCCCCCGUGUUGAAGAUCAGCAUGGCGGAUGUGUUGUUACCUACCCUUACCACCUGGGGGCGGCCCGUCAGGAAGUCCAGGAUCCAGUUGCAGAGGGAGGUGUUAGCCUAGUGAUGAGCUUUGAGGGCAAUAUUGUGUUGAACGCUGAGCUGUAGUCAAUGAAUAGCAUUCUCACAUAGGUGUUUAUUUUUGUCCAGGUGUGAAAGGGCAGUGUGGAGCGCAAUAGAGAUUGCAUCAUCUGUGGAUCUGUUGGGGCGGUAUGCAAAUUGGAGUGGGUCUAGGGUUUCUGGGAUAAUGGUGUUGUGAGCCAUGACCAGCCUUUCAAAGAACUUCAUGGCUACAGAAGUGAGUGCAACGGGUCGGUAGUCAUUUAGGCAGGUUACCUUAGUGUUCUUGGGCACAGGGACUAUGGUGGUCUGCUUGAAACAUGUUGGUAUUACAGACUCAGACAGGGAGAGGUUGAAAAUGUCAGUGAAGACACUUGCCAGUUGGUCAGCGCGUGCUCGGAGUACAUGUCCUGGUAAUCCGUCUGGCCCUGCGGCCUUGUGAAUGUUGACCUGUUUAAAGAUCUUGCUCACAUCGGCUAUGGAGAACGUGAUCACAGUCGUCCAGAACAGCUGAUGCUCUCAUGCAUGUUUCAGUGUUACUUGCCGAGCAUAGAAGUAAUUUAGCUUGUCUGGUAGGCUUGUGUCACUGGGCAGCUCGCAACUGUGCUUCCCUUUGUAGUCUGUAAUAGUUUUCAAGCCCUGCCUCAUCCGACGAGCGUCGGAGCCGGUGUAGUACGAUUCAAUCUUAGUCCUGUAUCGAUGCUUUGCCUGUUUGAUGGAUCGUCGGAGGGCAUAGCAGGAUUUCUUACAAGCUUCCGGGUUAGAGUCCCGCUCCUUGAAAGCGGCAGCUCUACCUUUUAGCUCAGUGCGGAUGUUGCCUGUAAUCCAUGGCUUCUGGUUGGGGUAUGUACGUACAGUCACUGUGGGGACGACGUCAUCAAUGCACUUAUUGAUGAAGCCAGUGACUGAUGUGGUGUACUCCUCAAUGCCAUCGGAAGAAUCCCGGAACAUAUUCCAGUCUGUGCUAGCAAAACAGUCAUGUAGCUUAGCAUCUGCUUCAUCUGACCACUUUUUUUUUAUUGUCACUGGUGCUUCCUGCUUUAAUUAGACUUGUCUGUGACGUCACCGGCCUGUGUCAGAACUAAAGACUUGACUGAGCCACCACAUAUUGUUCCUGGAAGAAGUUUGAGUCAUCUUCGGGGUUGUGAUCAUUUUAAGGAUGCAUUACAUCUAAUCAGAUGUGCUUGUACCCGAUUUUGUUCUAAGAAACCACACAAUACAACCACCACAAAAGGUUGCUUCCGGUGCUGUUAUCCCAAAUGGUGCAAAGAAGGGGAAUGUACUAGAGGAUUCUUUUCAUUAUUUUGUACAGGCUAAAAUGUCAUGUUUUUCUAAGCACACAACCCUUGUGAAUGUUGCGAUACUGAUCAACAUGGUGCACAAACUAAGGUGCUACCUUGAGUACAAGGCAGCAGGGUGGAGAUUAUUGAAGGUUCUUUAUUGUUGCUCCCUCAAACCAGCGGGAGGGAGAGGAUGGAAAAGAUGGCGACCAAGGGAGAAGUGUGUUUUUAAUGGAGAGAAUUCAGUUUAUUCACUCUUGACCUGAAGAGGAGAGUACAUGAUGCAUGAAGCAUCUAAAAGGAGUCUGAGCAAGACCUGAGUGACUUUCUAUUUGUCUGGGCACUAACCCUUUGUUCCCCUCGCAACCUGUUUGUCCUUCACAGGCAGCCAUACGGAAGGAACUCAAUGAUUUCAAGAGCCAUGAGAUGGAAGUGCACGAGUCAAGUCGCCAUUUAACCAGGUAAAGACGUGCAUUAGCAUGUUUAAUGGUAUGUAUUUGUAUGCAUGAACACAUCCCCGACUGUCAUGGUGAAAAGCAAUGGCUUUACAAACCUUUAAAUACUUGAUAUGAACAGUGCAUUCAGAAAGUAUUCAGACCCCUUGACUUUUUCCACAUUUUGUUACGUUACAGCCUUAUUCUAAGAUGGAUUAAAUCAUUUCCCCCCCUUAUCAAUCUACACACAAUACCCCAUAAUGACAAAGCAUAAACUGGUUUUUAGAAUUUUUUGCAAAUUUAUAAAAUAAAACAUACCAAGUAUUCAGACCCUUUGCUAUGAGACUCGAAGUUGAGCUCAGGUGCAUCCUGUUUCCAUUGAUCAUCCUUGAGAUGUUUCUACAACUUGAUUGGAAUCCACCUGUGGUAAAUUCAAUUGAUUGGACAUGAUUUGGAAAGGCACACACCUGUCUAUAUAAGGUCCCACAGUUGACAGUGCAUGUCAGAGCAAAAACCAAGCCAUGAGGUUGAAAGAAUUGUCCGUAGAGCUCUGAGACAGGAUUGUGUCGAGGCACAGAUCUGGGGAAGAGUACCAGAAAAUGUCUGCAGCAUUGAAGGUCCCCAAGAACAGUGGCCUCCAUCAUUCUUAAAUGGAAGAAGUUUGGAACCACCAAGACUCUUCCUAGGCCCCGUGUAGCUCAGUUGGUAGAGCAUGGCGCUUGCAACGCCAGGGUUGUGGGUUCUAUUCCCACGGGGAGCCAGUAUGAAAAAAAAAAAAAAUAUAUAUAUAUAUAUAUAUAUGUGUGUGUGUGUGUGUGUGUGUGUAUAUGUGUAAUAUAUAUAUAUAUAUGUAUGCACUCACUAACUGUAAGUCGCUCUGGAUAAGCGCGUCUGCUAAAUGACUAAAAUGUAGAUCUGGCUGCCCGGCCACCAAUCAGGCCUUUAUGGUAGUGGCCAGACGGAAGCCACUCCUCAGUAAAAGGCACAUGACAGCCCGCUUGGAGUUUGCCAAAAGGCACCUAAAGACUCUCAGUCCAUGAAAAACAAGAUUCUCUAGUCAGAUGAAACCAAGAUUGAGCAUCACAUCUGGAGGACACCUGGCAUCAUCCCUACGGUGAAGCGUGGUGGCAGCAUCAUGCUGUAGGGAUGUUUUUCAGCGGCGGGGACCGGGAGACUAGUCAGGAUCAAGGGAAAGAUGAACAGAGCAAAGUACAGAGAGAUCCUUGAUGAAAACCUGCUCAGGACCUCAGACUGGGGGGAAGGUUCACCUUCCAACAGGACAACGACCCUAAGCACACAGCCAAGAAAAUGCAGGAGUGGCUUCGGGACAAGUCUCUGAAUGUCCCCGAGUGGGCCAGCCAGAGCCCGGAAUUGAACCUGAUCGAACAUCUCUGGAGAGACCUGAAAAUAACUGUGCAGCGACGCUCCCCAUCCAACCUGACAGAGCUUGAGAGGAUCUGCAGAGAAGAAUUGGAGGAACUCUCCAAAUACAGGUGUGCCAAGCUUGUAGCAUCAUACCCAAGAAGACUCAAGGCUGUUAUCGCUGCCAUAGGUGCUUCAACAAAGUACUGAGUAAAGGGUCUGAAUACUUAUGUAAAUGUGUUAUUUCCGUUUUUUAUUUUUUAUACAUUUGCAAAAAUGUCUAAAAAUAUGUUUUUGUUUGUCAUUAUUGUGUGUAGAUUUGAGAGGAAAAAACUAUUUCAUCCAUUUUAGAAUAAGGCUGUAACGUAACAACAUUUGGGAUAAAUCAAGGGGUCUGAAUGCUUUCCGAAUGUACUGUAUGUAUACGGCAUACCUUUUCCAGUAACCUAUAAUAAGGGAAUUGCAAUAUGUGACCUUUGGAAUUCGUACAAAUGACAGUAUUUUCUGCUCUUUUCUCCCUCAGGUUUCACAGACCGUAGACCAUCACUGUCUAUAGGAACGCAAGACAGACUGGCUGUUUUCCUUCACUGAGAACCAUAAGUGCUGGACAGUAAAUGGUGCCCGUUUCUACAAUAAGGUCAUGUCUUCUUCUGAUCUGAAAUGCCUUGUCAAUACCCUGCUACUCAGUCGGUCGGUACCUUCCCCUCCAGAGACAAACAGUAGUUGGACACCUGAUUUAGUAGCCCCCCCAACUCCCACCUCAAUUUUCUCAGCCCUUUCUCUAUGUAACUGACUAGUUCGUCCCACACCCUAGUGCUGAGCUCUCAGGAAGGCGCUCAGUGCUUUGGGGAUGAUGAUGAUGGGCUGGUUGGGAUUGGACACCUGCCAUUUCUACUCCAUGGACUGGCUGUCAUGGUUACCAGGUACCUAUGCCCCACCCUUGUCACGGUCUCAUCAUUGGAUGUGAUUGGCUUGUCACUAUUGGUGGAAGGAGCCUCCACAUCCUCACUCUUAAUCAGAAAGGACAUUUUUACCCAUGGACAUUGGGAGAGAUGGACAUCAACCACUUGGAGAAUGUUAUCCUUGGUCUGUUAAGAUUAACCUAGUGCUGUGUGUGGAUUCAUCUACAAGUGUUUGAGUGGUUAAAUAGAAAAAUAAGUGAGGGAUCCAGUCCAUACAACACUCCAGAAUUAUGUGCAAUAUUUUCCCUCUGCCCUCUCCUUAGGUCAUAG